AUGGCCAAAGGUCUUGGGCCUCCGCCUAGUCGCGAUUUGCCUGGUAAUAAACAGCGACAAUAUACGGGCGAGACAAAGGACAUACGGGACAAAAGCCAACGAUCGCGAGGCCUUGGCGAUGACGUGAGUAUUAAAGUGGAGGAAUCUAGACGAGAUGGUAGGAAGCAGCAUGGAGGCAGUGAAGAUGAGGAGCCAAGACGGAAAGAAAGGCGAAAUUUAGAGCCUCAAACUACAGAUCCGGCGCGCAAUCGACGUAUGAGAUCUCCUCGAGCUAAGUCUCCGCAAUCGGUGAGAUUGCCGCAAACUCGAGGUUUACCCGAAGUAUUAUCGUCACGUGGAAAAAUAUUACGUGAUCGGUCUGCUCGGGAAGGCAACAUGAAUUCUAGGAACGGUUUAUAUGAUCUACGGGAUAAAGAACGAAGACACAAUGAACCUCGCGAAAAAAACCGACGUACCAAAGAUAUUCUUGACCGAGAUUUACGAGAGAGAGAACGACGUAUGCGGGAUCCACGUGACAAAGAGCGACGACUUGGAGUUCCACGUGAUCGAGAUCUUCGCGCAAGAGAUGCUCGAGAUCGAGAUCCCCGUGAUAGAGAACGACGUGGUAAAGCUUUACAUGAGAGGGAUUUAUUUGAUGAUGUUCCACGUGAACAGCUCUCUCGUGAUUUGUCCAGACAGAACUUACAGCGCCGGAUGCCAUCGACUGAACGAGGUAGGAGCCGAAAACCUGACCGUAGUCCGGACCCAACGAGAGGAGCCGGCAAAGUGCGUGGAGAAACGUCAUCCACUUGCCGCACUGCUUCAACAACCUUAAGCGCUGCUUUGCUUUCAAACAAGGAGAGAAGGCCGCUUAAAGACAGGAGGUCGAGGCGCCGAAUGGACGAGGAAGAACAGUCAAAUGCAUUUGCCGAUUCAGCCUUUUCCAUUUUCAGCCUGGCAGGUUCUGAUCUCGAAGACUCGAGAGGUAAAGCACGCAACGAUGCUGAGGUAAAGAAAAAUGCGGUGCUCCGGCCAAAAUCGAAGGUUAUUAAACGUGAGUCAAAGGAGAAGAAAGAACAUCUAGACUUUAGCGCGUCUUCCAGCAGUGUCAAGAGUCUCGACAUGUCGUUGAUUACGCAAAAAUAUUUAAAACCAAAGCCAACGCUCACGCAAAGAUCUAAAUUCCAGCUAACGAUCGAAGAAAGCAAUGAUGAGGAAUCGACUCGAAAAAGCAGCCGAAAUAAUAUUUCACAAGCGAAAGAAUAUAAGAACGACCGCGGCGAGACGCCGAAAAUGUUACCACCAUUUCGAAAGAUCAAGACUGGUAAUGAUAGUUUUCGCGACAGCAGCGAGAUUCUACGAGAGCAGGACAGGACGGGUGAUGGUAACAAACGCUCAUCUCAGAACAGUUUCACUAUGUCGAUCUCAGAGUAUGACGGAUUUGAGCAAACGCGGCCUGUAUUUCACGGCAAUAAAUCAUCAAGUGAUAGGAACAAUGACGACGAGGAUGUUACUCGGCCACGUGCCGCGUCUGAUCGUGAGAAUGAAAGCUCGGCCGCUAAGCUUCGGGCGAAGAAGAAAGCGAUUGCAGGGAUUGACGCAGCCAGUUUAGAGGCAAUUACUAAGGGUUUUACAGCUACAAAAUAUCAAUUGACUUCAAGAGAUCAAAAGAUGAUCAGUCACAUCACGGAGCUAGAAGUUACUGUACUCCAGUAUCAAAAGGAGAUUGUGGAUUUACUGGAUAUGUACAACGAAGCCGUGAAACGAUCACAAAAGGCCCAAAGGGGGUUGCAAAGAGCUAAAGUGCGUAUUGCUCGAUAUGAAAAAGCGCAUGCAGCCGUGUCACGAGCUAUUCGAACUGGAAAAUUGUACAUGAAGCAGAGAGAGUACAUGGCUGCUAUUUUAGAGCUCUCACGUGCAGCAGGAAUUGAGCCUUCGAAUGCGACUUUGUGGUACUUGCUAGCAGAAUGCCGAUUGCUGGUCGGCCAGCCAGCAGCUGCAGAAAAGGCGUGUAUGACGUGCUUAAAGUUACAGCCAACUGGCGUAGGUGUGGCGAUGUUAGGGAGAAUUUUGCACAAGCGCGGUCGACACGACGAGGCCAUUGAAUGUUAUUUAUCAGCUUUGGGGCGAAAUGAUGAGAGCGAGGAUGAACAAGAUAGUGAAUAG